GCAACUCGCCACGCCUCGCCUCGUUUUUUCUCAAUAGUUGUCAGAGCCUCGGGUCACUCACUAGUCGUCGUGAGGCAUCUUCCACUCGCUUUCUUUCUCGCUCGGUCUCCACCUUCUCAGGCUCCAGCAUCCUUUUUGCAAAGUCUGAGCAAACCGUGGACGGCGAAGCAGUUCGUAUAUUCGAGGUUGUUUGAGCUCUGCAUUAUCCGCCUGUGGCAGGAAAACAAACGCAAGUCUUUUCUCCUCAAGUUUCGACUCAAACUCCGACCAUGUCCGGCGAAGACGCACCUGCUCAGCAGCAAAACGCCGAGGAGCAGAAGCAGCAGCAGCAGGAGGAGACCAAGACGCCCGCCGAGUCCCCAAAAACCGAGAGCAAACCCGACCCACCUCCCACCAGCGCGUCCACCGAGGCCGCCGCUGACACCCCAGCGCUCGCCGCGGAGAAAGCCCCAGAGGAAGACACGUUCAGCUACCGGGCUCUGGUGCUCACCGGCUACGGCGGGUAUGAUAAGGUGAAGCUCCAAGUGAAGAAGGGGAAACCGGCUCUUAAGAGCGGCGAGGUGAUGGUGCGCGUGAAAAUGUGCGGGCUGAACUUCGCAGAUCUGAUGGCGAGACAGGGACUGUACGACCGGCUCCCGUCCCCGCCAGUAACCCCGGGCAUGGAGUGCUCCGGGAUCAUCGAGGCUGUCGCUGAAGACGUGACUGACAGAAAAGUGGGUGAUAAGGUCCUGGUUUUGAACCGGAGUGGUAUGUGGCAGGAUGUAGUAGUGGUGGCGACCACACACACCUUCCUGAUGCCAGAGGGCAUGAGUUUUGAGGAGGCGGCAGCACUUCCUGUCAAUUACAUCACCGCCUACUUGAUGCUCUUCGACUUUGGGCACCUGCGUCCCAACCAGAGCUUACUCAUCCAUAUGGCUGCAGGUGGGGUGGGCAUCGCUGCCACUCAGUUGUGUAAAACGGUGAAUGAUGUCACGGUGUUUGGCACCGCCUCGGCCAGCAAGCACGAGGUCAUCAGCCAGGGUGGAGUCACGCACCCCAUUGACUACAGGACACGAGAUUAUGUGGAGGAGAUCCGUAAAAUCAGCCCCAAAGGCUUGGAUAUAGUUCUGGAUCCUCUGGGAGGCUCUGACACCCAUAAGGGCUACAACCUACUGAAACCAAUGGGAAAGCUCAUCAGCUACGGUGCUGCUAACAUGUUGGCGGGUCAGAAGAAGAACCUGUUUGCGGUGGCUAAGACCUGGUACCAGCAGUUCUCCGUACACACCCUGAGCCUGAUCCAAGGGAAUCGCUCGGUGUGCGGAUUUCACCUGGGGUACCUGGACUCUGAGACCGAGCUCAUCGCUCAGGCCAUGGCAGCCGUUGUGGACCUGUACAGACAGGGCAAGAUCAAGCCCCGAAUUGACUCCACCUACCACCUAGAACAGAGUGGUAAAGAGGUGAGCGCGGGGGGGGUGGAACGGAGAGGUGACAAGAAAAAGGAUGACAAGAAGAAGGAUGACGCCAAGAAGGAGGAGAAAAAGGAGAAGGAAGAGGUCAAGAAGGAUGACAAGAAAGCAGAAGAAAAGAAGGAAGAAGCCAAGAAAGAGGAGAACUGAGUGGAGAGAAACAUUGUGGAUGUGCUUUGUGUCCGUGUCAGCGGUUUGGGAGCGGUCUGAGUGUGUGUGUGUGUGUGUAUGGAGGGGUGUAUAGUGUAAUUAGCUUAACCCCAGUUGAUUCCUGACAUUAGCUCUGCAUUUCUGCAAUCAUUCAAUCAACAGAAUUCACACACCACUUAUGUUCACCCACACACACACACACACACACACUUUAUACACCAAGGGAACACACCACUUUAUCGUUCUGUUGUAACCCGGUAGUAUUUAUUCCCGGUUCUGCUGCGUCCUUUUUAACUAUUUCAUAUGACUGCAUGCCACCAAGGCAUGUUAGGGCAGUAUUAUCCUUUUUAUAACUAUCACCGCAGUGUUUACUCAACCAACAUCUUUAAUUAUAUAACAAAAUAACCUUACUCUGCACCCUUUAAAAUCGUACUACCAUAUCCUCUAACGUUAUUCCUGCCAAACUAAUGCACUAUAAAAUUAUUUUAUAUCACUGAAAUAUUCUUUGUAGACGCAAACCAAGAACCACCUCAUUCGCUCUCUACACCCCUCCGUGUGUUUGCGUAUCCACUGUGAGUUUGGCUUUUCUGUUUCCUUUUCGUCUCUGUUCUGAAGUGGGUGCACUUGUUUGAUUCGCCAUACGUCAUCA